AUGAGUAAUUUCGCCUUUCUCCCAUUCUUUACUUCUUUCUCUCAUUCUUUCUUUCUUUCUUUCUUUCUUUCUUUCUUUCUUUCUUUCUUUCUUUUGACACUUUUCUUUUUUCACCGAGUGUACUGGAGGGUACUGAAGUGUCACUUGAACUUCUUUCUUUCUUUUUUUUCAUUCUUUCUUUCUUUUCACUUUUCCGCCCACUUAACUGAAAUAUCACAAGAAAUCUCUUUUUUUUUCUUUCUUUCUUUCUUUCUUUCUUUCUUUCUUUCUUUCUUUCUUUCUUUCUUUCUUUUUCACGGUGUACUGAGUGUACUGGAGGGUACUGAAGUGUCACUUGAACUUCUUUCUUUCUCUCUUUCUUUCAUUCUUUCUUUCUUUCAUUCUUUUCUUUUUCACAUAGUGUAUCAUUUGAAUAAAUUUCUUUCUUUCUUUCUUUCUUUCUUUCUUUCUUUCUUUUCUUUUUCACAUUUCUUUCCACCUUUUUUCUUUUUUUCUUUUUCUUUCUUUUUUGUACUGAAGUUCCACCUGAACUUCUUUCUUUCUUUCUUUCUUUCUUUCUUUCUUUUGUCUCUUCACUUUUCCGCCCACUUAACUGAAAUGUCGCAAGAAAUCUCUUUCUUUCUUUCUUUCUUUCUUUUUUUCUUUCUUUUGACACUUUUCUAUUCAGUUGUACUGAAGUGUACUGAAGUGUCACUUGAACUUCUUUCUUUCUUUCUUUCUUUCUUUCUUUCUUUUUCACAGUGUACUGAGUGUACUGAAGUGUCACUUGAACUUCUUUCUUUCUUUCUUUCUUUCUUUCUUUCUUUCUUUCUUUCUUUCCCGCCAACUGAACUGAAAUAUGACAUCACGUUUUUUUGUUUGUUUCUGCUCCCUUUUCUUCUUCUUUUUCCCUCUGGUGAUAUAAAUAAUGGCUAUCUUCUAUCUCUUCUUCUUCUUCUUCUUCUUCUUCUUCUUCUUUCGUUCCAUUUCUUUUACCUCUUCUCAUUUAUCUUUUUUCCUCAAACCGUUUUCAAGAUUGUGAAAUGCUGCUUUUUUGCCGCCUUUCGCAGUUGA